AUGACAAAGCGUAUUCCUACUGCUCCCCGCCGACCCAACCUACGCAUGAAUGCUGUUCUUAAUAGCACAAUUGCAGGUGUUGUUGCUCCAAUUGAUACACCAACUCCAGAAGUAGCAGUUGUCACAGCCCCUGAAGUUCAAGUCGCUGUGACCCCAAUGGAUCACGUCCUUACCUUGUUGGCAGCCAACAAUAAUGGUCUGGAUUUGUACAACAAGACAAAUGAAUUUUUGAAGAACUCGGUCCUUCAGCUCAUGACUGCAAAUGCCGAAAUAGAAAAGGCAAUGACCAGCCAAAAUUCCGUGAUGCCUUCUGCUGUACCAGCGGAUUCUUCUUCUUCCAUGGAUGAUGAUAUUGACCUUGGAGCGAAACAUCAUCCCUUGAUUUCUCAACUUAUCAAUAGUUACAUCAAGAAACCGAACUUUGUUAGCACAGAUCCGCUCAAAGUUGCUGAGAAUAAUAAUAGAUCAGCAUGGUCAAUGACUGGCAGGUAUGGCGAUAAGUACAACAAGACACUUGCACUGGCUCUCUUCAAGUACCCGAGACCUCAAAGAUGCUGCACAAAUGUGUCAAAGAGUGUCAUUAUGAAUAUAAUAAAGAAUCACUACCAAAAUCAACUUCUUGACCGUCGUAUUAUCACGUACCAGACAUACACAGAGGCUAUUCAUGAGGGCAUGAAUCGAUAUGAUUGCGGAAAUAUUCUUUCUAUUGACGUGAUGUCUGAUGGCGAGUCGGAUGGAGAUAACGAAGUGCGGGCAUAUCGUCCCAGCUGGAGAACUGAUGAGCUCCAGACGUUUAUUACUACUAUUGAUGAACUUACUGUUAUCCGUUUGAAGAAAAAUUCAGAAAGCUUGAAAAAGCGCAUCCCUUAUGAGAAAGAACAUGAUGUAUACAGCUGCAUGUAUAGCAUGCCAAGUACAAACAAAAAUUUAUAG